CCAGCCUUCCACCAACACAUUCAGUUUCAUUUCUUUGACAACACUCAUCAUAGUCUAGUCGAUCCUGAUUAAUUAUCACCAACACAGCCAUGGCAAAGGAUCUGCUGACGAGGGCGUCUCGAAGAAAAAAGGAAUCUUCAUCUUCUGCAGGUUCCAAGUCCAGCAGUCGCUAUGGAAUGUUGAUUCUGUUGGUGUGCUUGGUUGGCUAUAAUGUUCGCAAGUACCGAGGGACCUUUGAGGGCUUUGGAGCUCCGGCGAGUGCCAAGAAUGUCACAACUGCCGUCACAAGCACAAGCACAAGCACAACAACAACGAAGAAAAUUACUACUACUACGGACACGACAAACACAAACAAUAAUAUCUUUGCCAAGGCAUUUCACGAUUCGUACGGGUACUUUGACGAUAUUCCCUUGGUGGAUUGGCAACGUCAUCAACAAUGGGCAUUGACACAGAUUGACCAUCGCUAUAUGUUCAAUCCCAGACGACACUACGGGAAUCCAGCACUCUGGUACUACAACAGCUUUAACCCCGUCUUUAGCUGUCCUCAAGUCAAGCGCGUGUGGGGUGUAGGAGAUGGACCCAAAUAUGUCUGCGAUCCCCAUCGACUCGUGACGGUCGCCAAACGACGACAAGAAGAACAAGGACACGGCUGUUUGAUUUAUUCUGUGGGGAGCAAUGGCAAUUACGAAUUCGAAGAUGGCCUGGUCAAUUAUCUGGGCACCAGCAAAGCCUGUGAAAUUCACAUUUUCGACUAUUCGCGAGACUACAAUCGACCCGAAAAUGCCCCCCGCAAUAUGCACUUUCAUCAACUCGGAUUACAAGGCUCGCAACAGAAUCGCGCCCGAGGCGAAUUUGCCAGUUUUCCACAAAUACUCCAAAAGUUGGGACACGAAAAUCGGGUCAUUGAUAUAUUCAAAAUUGACUGCGAAGGAUGCGAAUGGGAUUCCUACAAGGAUUGGAUUGCGCAUCCACAUAUGCGACAAGUACUGAUUGAAACACACGAAUUGCCCAAAGAGUGGGAUCAUGGAAUUGACUUUUUCACGUCCUUCAAACGCAAUGGCUUUGCCAUGUACAGCAAGGAAGUCAAUGGAUUCGGUGAUGGCAAAUACUACGAAUUCUCCUAUAUCAAACUGCAUCCGCAAUUUUGGAACAAUGAAACGACGCUUGUGACAUGAUGCAUAACAACAAAAGUGGAGAUUGAGUUUUGGAUGGAUGCGAUGCGAUGCGAUGCAUGCAUGCAGGACGUGAGACAGAAAACGUGAUGACGACAACAACAAUAAGCUUGCCACCGCUGGGCAGUUUGUAUGUUGUCCCGACGCGACGAAGGGGGUUCGAAGGCAAGGGUGUGCUCAGUUUUCUGGGACAUGACAUGACACAUGGUGUCUUGUCUGGUUGGUCAGGGAAUGCCUGUUUGCUCUGUCCUGGAUGGGAACCUGUGAUUUCUGUUGUGAUUGCAUAGAUAAUGGUAUAACAUGCAAAGGUCCUUCUCU